GAAAAAAGAGAUAUUGGACCAAGUAAUUUCCCCUACCUACUUUAAAGGCAUCUUUCUAUCCUGUCCAUAAUUUAUUCGCCGUCCUCUUUAUAUAUAAGUAUCUCGAUUUCUAGGCACAGUUCAGCUCACAAAGUGGUCCGAGCCAAAACCCAAAGAUGGGCGGCGCCGCCGGGCUAAAAGUGAUGUCAAGCUGCAGAGUAUUGGAACUGGGAGUAAUAAUGGGUACCCAAUUUCUCCUUCUUCUGUUACUGCAAGGCCAAGGAGCAAGAGGUUUGACGGCGGGGCAAAACAGUAAUAAUGUCAGCAAUGGCGGCGGCGCCGGCGAGAAGUGUAACUUAUUCAGAGGGAAAUGGGCGGUGGAUUCCUCGUAUCCUCUGUAUAAGCCCGCCAGCUGCCCGUUUCUCGACCCUGAAUUUGACUGCAUCAAAUUUGGCCGCCCGGAUAGGCUCUACCUCAGCUAUGCCUGGCAGCCCGACUCUUGUGCCUUGCCCAGGUUAUAUAGGUUUGAUGGAUUGGAGCUUUUGAAGAGAUGGAAUGGGAAGAAGAUAAUGUUUGUGGGCGACUCACUGAGUUUGAACAUGUGGAACUCGCUGGCCUGCAUGAUUCAUGCGUCGGUGCCAAAUGCAAAGACGAGCUUUUCAAGACAGGAAACCCUCUCCUUUGUGUCCUUCAACUUUAAGGGGUAUGGAGUAACUUUGUACCUUUACCACACAACAUACUUGGUGGAUAUAGUAAAGGAAAACAUAGGAAGGGUAUUGAAAUUGGAUUCUAUACAGCAAGGCCAGGCAUGGUUAGGAAUGGAUGUGUUGAUCUUCAACUCCUGGCAUUGGUGGACUCAUAAAGGAAGAUCUCAACCAUGGGAUUAUGUACAAGAUGGGUCAAAGGUGUACAAAGAUAUGGAUCGGCUGGUGGCAUUCUACAAGGGCUUAUCAACUUGGGCCAGAUGGGUGGACCUCAAUGUCAAUCCUUCUAAGACUCAAGUCUACUUCCAAGGAAUAUCUCCCACUCAUUACAUGGGAAACGAGUGGAAGUCGUCGUCAACCAAAAACUGCAACGGAGAGCAAUUGCCGCUAGAAGUAUCAAAAUAUCCAGCAGGGACACCGCAAGCCGCGGUGGUUGUUAAUAAAGUGCUAAGCAGGAUCAAGAAGCCGGUUCGUCUGCUGGAUAUCACAUUUCUGUCUCAGCUAAGAAAAGAUGCACACCCGUCUAUGUACAGCGGCGGGGGCAGCCGUUCGGGUGUGGAUUGUAGCCAUUGGUGCCUCCCCGGACUCCCUGAUACCUGGAACCACCUGCUUUAUGCUUCUCUGUUUGUGUGAGGAUAUAUAUAUAUAUAUAUAUAUAUAUAUAUAUAUAUAUAUAUAUAUAUAUAUAUGAUCAUUACUGCCUCAGCUUGUGCAUAUAAUACACAUAUCAUCAUCUUGUGCUUAUUUGUUAUUUGUUCCUCGUACAUUACACGGUUGCAGCAGUGCGCCGUCAUUCUUUCUGUGAGAACAAAUAAACUGUUCAAAUCAUUGUUUCAUCACUUGUUGUAGAAAUGGAAGAAGUGGUUGAUUAAAAAAUUGGAGCACAAACAAUUCUGGGUUGUGAACGAAUUAAUAGGGGUACUUCUGAUUUGAAUGUAAUUACGACCCUAUAAUAACUUCGUAAAAAGUUCCUCAUAUUUGGAUAA